AUGAGAAACGUGGAAUCAGAAGUCCAGCGAAAUUACGAUGAUUUUACUUACGUACCUAAUCUGAUAUUUAAGUCGAUUGGCUACGACUUUCUGGCCACAUCGAAGCCCACAUGGCAGGAUUUCCUGCUGCGCAUCUAUUGGUUUCUUGGCUUUGCCAGCCAAUUGUAUAUGUUUUACUACCUGAUCUUGCGCACCAUCGAAUGGGAUACUCUGGCUGGGAAUCCUACCAUCAUCAUGCGAUUCGGAAUAGUCUACUUCUUUGUGCUCAACGCCGAUGUCAAGUUGAUUAUAUUCAUGUACCAUCGUCGACGACUGCGCAAGCUGAAUGAAAAGAUGCGUUCGAUCUAUCCCAGCGAAAAUGAGGAACGUCGAGCCUACCGACUCGAUGAGUUUUACUGGCCACGCAGUGCCCGCUAUGGCGUCUAUUACUACUACUUCGUGUUCUUCUUCGUUAUGGCCAGCCCCAUUUUACAGUCUGUGGGAAUGUAUCUCUAUGAGCGCUCAACCUCGCACGGCGAGAUCAAAUUCGCCUAUAUAAGUACAUAUCCCAUUGAGCGCAUAAAGACAAUGACUCCCCUUUGGUAUGUGUUCAGCCAGGGCGUGGAUAUUGUGUUUUCGCUCUUCAUUAUGAAUGUCAGCCUGGGCACAGACAUUUGGAUGAUGUGCAUCUCGGGCCAGCUGAGCUUGCACUUUGACCACUUGGGCAGACAAUUGCAGAGUUACAGUCCGAGCAAACGAAACGGGCCAAAGGAUUGCGAAUUUUUGGCCAGCAUUGUACGCAAGCAUCAGCUAUUAUUCAUCACGGCCAUCACACUCUGCUGCAUUGCCUUCUACACAUUGUUACAGGGCAUAACUCGGGAGGGAAUUGGUUUCUUUCUGUUCUUCAUCAGCAUUUCUGCUCAGUUCUAUAUGGUGUGCUACUAUGGCCAGCUACUAAUUGAUGUCAGUGAGCACGUUGCCGUGGCUGCCUACACGCAGAAUUGGUAUAACGGCUCGUCUACCUACCAGAAGCAUCUGCUCCUCAUCAUGCAACGAGCGCAGAGGCCAGCAGAGCUCUCAGCAAAAGGAGUCAUUAUUAUAUCAAUGGAAACAUUCACGAGUAUGAUGAACAUAACAUAUCGAUUUUUUACGGUUAUACGCAGAGUUCUUCUUGUUGAAACCAGAAGUUCCAUUUAG